GUCCCCGGAUGGCUGAAUAGAGUAGAACAAUCCAGUAGGCAGAGAGUGGACGACCCAAACACGCACGGUUAGCAGACAACUACCAAACAACGGCGGCCUGACAGUGAUUUAAAUUAACAAUUUAUCUUCACCGUCAAACAAUGUGACCGAGUGAGAAGAACACCUUGGCGAGGACUGUCAGAAACACAUGACAGCCAACUUUGGUUGUUGUGAGAGGCGCACCAUGGCAUCUCAGCCAAGUGUAUACAAUGAAGACAGGAACCUUCUUCGCCUCCGAGCAUGGGAACAGAGGAUCCAAGAAACCAGCCAAGCCAAAGAACUCAACCCUGAUAAUGUGCCACUCUUUGGGGAACCAUACAAGACAAACAAAGGGGAUGAGCUUUCCAAUCGAAUCCAGAGGAUGCUGGGCAGUUAUGAAGAUGUGAAUAAUCCCUGUCCUCUUACUGUUGAGCCAUUGCCCGUUCCUUCUUAUGCAACCCUCUCACAGUCAGAUCAGGGUCAGCCAAACACAGAUAAAUCAACCAAAGCUCCAUUCCACAACCAGGUCCAUCACAUGUCAACGCAAAACCAGAAAUGCUCCUCUAGUAACAGUCACUCCUCUCAGCCCAUGAGGACGUCAGCUGCCUCUUCUCCCAACCAACAUGGACAUUCAUCCACUUUUCCAAAGCCUUCUUUGAACCACAGUCAGGGCGGUCAACCUGGAAACUCAGCACGUCAACAAAAGAUGAGUGAGGCCUUCUCAGAUCUCAGGGAGCGUGUCAGCCUUCCCCAGGAAAUGUCUGCUCAGUCUCCUGAUGUUAAGCCACUACCCUUCCUACAUUCCAGUAACCAUGAUAACACUGACUUGGACACUAAGGACACCUUUGAUAGAUAUCAGCUUCAGGAGUCUUCAGAUCACCCAUCUGAGUCUGCCAGCACCACGGACGUUUCCAUGUUGAACAUUAAGCAGUCUCCGAAAGAUGCACCUUUGACCCAUGCCACCAAGGCUAACGUGCUACCCUCCCAGACCUUCCCUCCACUCCUGUCAUCGAAGCAGCCCAGUGUAGUCAUGACCCAGAAGCCAACAGCCUAUGUGCGACCCAUGGAUGGUCAGGACCAGGUGGUCAGCGAGUCACCUGAGCUAAAGCCUUCACCAGAGCCAUAUGUACCACUACCAGAGUUAAUCAGCAAGUCCAACCCGGGCAAAAUGAAGAUACUGCCACAGUUUUUGGAGACGAGGACGAAUGAAGCUCAGUGUGUCGAAGACAUCUUGAGGGAAAUGACUCACUCCUGGCCCCCUCUUCUAACAGCUAUACACACACCUAGCACAGAUGCACCCUCCAAGUCCCCAUUCCCAGCUAAGGAAGCAGAGCAUGUCUCAUCAUGUCUGGAACAAAAAAGCUAUGACUCUGCUCCUCCUCCUACAGAUCCAUCCCAGCUUAACCAGCCAAGCGCCUCAUCUUCAUUUGAAGCAGCACAUUCCAGCGGGGUAGAGUCCGCCAGCUCCAGCGACUCAGAGAGUAGCUCAAGAUCAGAGUCGGACAGCGAAAGCACCACAGAGGAGCCACCUGAACCCCCAGUGAGCAUCUCACUUAAAACGGAGCCUGAUGCUCCAGCAGUGAGUGACUGGCAGUUGGGGAACUGGAUCAGGUCCAACCAACAGAACUCGAGCACUGAAAGCCAAGGCGGUACUCAUGUCACCGGGAGCCCCACUCACAAACAGCUACUGCCCACUCAAAGCUCCAAGCACUCCAGUGUAGAGGUGGUUGACCCUGCCAGGGAGUCCAUGCCUCAGCUUUCUUCUCACCAAAAAGAGCUCAGCGAAAAUCUUGCCAAACCCCAGCAGUGCAGAGAAAGCCCUCAGGACAACUGUUGCCAGCAGAGUAGCCAAAAAUCCCCUUCCGCUGAUUUCAGGAAACUGUCAUGCAAUAUGCACCCCUCAAAACCAGCAAAGGAAGGCUGCCCAGAUCACAGUGACACAGCUGUCAGUGUUAAGUGUGAGGAAAUCGUAGCCACAAGAGACAAAGACCCGUGUUUCACAGAUAGGCCCAGGGUAAAGACGAAAACAAAACACUGCAAGAAAAGCAAGAGCAGCAGUGACUCUAAACAAGACAGAAAACGAACUUAUAAACACACGUCUCUUGACAAGCGGAAGGCUGGAUCAGAGCCUGAAGCCACGCCAGUCGUGAACGGUCAUUGUCCAUCUUGUGGCGUGAGAUAUCCUAACCCCUGCUCCUGCCCCACCCAGAGUCCUUCUCUGCAGCGUGACCAGUCUUCUCCUGCCCCACCACUAAGAAUCGACUGUAGCAAACCCAAGGCAGAGACCUGCAGGAGGGGCACCAAGAGGCCUCACAAAACAACCUACAAGCACUCUGAGAAGACCGCGAAUACAACCAAGGGUUCUCGGAACCUCCACAGGCCUCCCAGAUCCCUGCUGGUGAAGAUCGAUCUAAGUCUGCUCUCAAGAGUCCCCCAGAUGCCUGGCAACCACCAGGAGAUACCCAGCAAUGGAAAGAGAUCUGCACUGGCUGUAGAGCAAGAUGGAGGAGGGGGUGACGCUCCUACAACACACAAACACAGCAAAACCAGCAAAAAGAGCAUACCUCCAAAUGUUGAGGUAGACAAUAAAAGUCUCCCCAGGAAGAAACCAAGGCUGGAAAACAAGAAUACCUCAUCAGCUCAUGUGUCUGUCAAACUGGAAAGUUCCAGCAAUCCAGCAGAGGAGCAGGAGAGAAAGAGGGCCAAGAAAAAUCCUGUAUCUAUGCAGCAGCCUGCAACACCCAAAGACACUGCUAAAGACUCAAAGGUACACAAACGCUGUUCAGGGGAGACCCAGGAGUCCAGUAAGAAGACUGUAAAGAGCAAGAACUCCUGCAAGCACAAGAAGAGGAGUGUAAAAAACACAGAGCACCCACACUCUGAAAAGCAGAAACCUCCUAAUAGCAGCCUUGCCGUCCCAUCAUCUUCACAGUCCAACAAAGAAGUAUUGAUCAACAGGCCUUUGCUCAAGUUUGAGGACAGGCAGUAUCCAGUGAAGCAUUACAUAAAGGAGGCCAAAAGACUGAAGCACAAAGCAGAUGCAGAGUCAGAUAAGCUCAGUAAAGCUUUCAACUACCUGGAUGCGGCCAUGUUCUUUGUUGAGAGUGGCAUCGCCAUGGAAAAAGAUCCACAGAUUUCAAUGUCUUCCUACACUAUGUUUGCAGAGACAGUGGAGCUCCUCAAGUUUGUGCUGAAACUUAAAAACUCUGUGGACCCUUCUGCUCCACCCUCAGAAAAGGACUUUUUAGCUUUAUGUUUGAAGUGCCAGUCUCUCCUGCAGAUGGCCAUGUUUCGCCAUAAACACAAAACUGCACUCAAGUAUUCAAAGACCCUCAAUGAUCACUUCACUAACUCUGCUCAGGCAACACACGAUCCUUCUGUUUGCUUAUCAAAAGUUACAGACACCCCGUCCCCCAUGCCGGACAUGCCGUCUCCAGCCAACACAUCCACCAGCUCAUGUCCUGGCUCCAACCACAGUGGUAGCGGGUUGGCUGUGGGCCCUGUUGGCAGCACUGUGGCCGUUCCCCAGGCCAUCGAACAAGUGGCAUUCACCUACGUCAAAAUCACUACGUUAUUCUUGAGCGCGCAUGACAUCUGGGAGCAGGCGGAGGAACUGGCACACAAAGGCAGCGGUAUGCUGACAGAGCUGGACAUCGGUUAUGGGCCCACUGAGCCUUGCCUCAACAAUGAGCUCUAUGGUCCGUUAUACAAGACAGGGUGUCCACUGGCUGAGACUGGACAGCCAAAAGGUAAAAUGACCAACAUCCUGCUCCCGUUACUGGACGCCUGCAAACCCUCCAUGCUGCUUCUCCCUGCCUUGACUUCACUUCAGCGUGUUUAACCGCUAUACCGACCUGAACUGUCCAUCAGGUUUGUGUCUUUUUUUUUUUUUUUUUUUUUUUUUUUUUCCUUUUUAUGUCACAUGGACAUCUCUCCAAAUGGCAGACACGGAUGUCAUCUCAUGUUUGUUUUUAAGGCUAGAUUUGGAAUUUUCCAGCAAGGUUACCACACCCAUCAUUGCACUUGGCACUUAGUCUUUUCUCUCAUGUUCACUUCGGUGUCUCUCUCUUUCUCUCUGGCACUUCAGAAAAAAAAAAAAAAAAAAAACUAAAAAACAUGGGCUACAUCUGGUGUAAUUGACACAUUUCAUGUCAUGGAAGGUUUAAUGUGCCUCCUUGUUCCUGUAUCAGCUGAUGUCAUUAUUUGCAAAUCAGGGCUUUAUUCAACAGUGACCUUAACCAAAUUUGGAUGGUAGUACAACAAAUAUAACCAGAAGUGCCAUUUGGUGGUGGUGGUUGGUGCAAGCACUGACACACAUCUUAUUUAUUAUUCUUGCUAUCACAUUGUCACCAUACAUUUGACUUCUGAUCAGAAUGUAAACGCAGGAAUUAAAUAACCACAAAAACUAAUGCACUUAUAAUCAUUGCUCAAAAGUAUCAUAUUUAAACUAUUCACUUCACAUUUAUGGCAACUAAAUGUAUUUAAUUUCUCUUAAAAAGAGAUUUAAGUUUCCCUGUUUCAGUCUGAAAGAUUGGCAUCUAUCACUGAGUGGCACAUUUUAAGUGACACUUUUUAUGACUUCUAUACUUUGGAUGGAUUCUGUAAUUUUUUAAAGUCUGCAUUUUGUUUUCCCCACAAAUCACUGUCAUGAUGACCCAUGAGAAUAAUGGUGCCCAUGUCACAUUUCUGCUGUUGACAUGGUCUAAUCUUCUAACAUGUAAGUCUAAUUCAAUUUAUUCAUUUCAGCUCAUUCUUUGUUGGCAUCUAUGUUUUCAGUUUUUGAAAUUUGUGAGAUUGAAACACAUUUCUUGUGCAAUAAUAAGUGCAUUAAUAAGGAUAAACAAAAAAUGCACCAUACUGUUAAUGAGACGUUUGUUUGUUCCCCCCCAAGGCAAAAUACUUACUGCAUGUAGGUUGAAUUAUGUAUAGAUUAAAGUACCACAUAUGAAUGAGAUGACAAAGCAGAGCAGGGAAGGCUCUUUUAAUUAAGGGCAUUUAUUAACUGUUGUUCUUUAGGGCUUACCUUUCUGCUCCUGUAAGUUGUUAGUUUGCUUCCUGGCUCUUGUUUGUGUCUGUUGAGUGACUGAUGGUAGGAAGUUUCAGAGGCGUGGCAGACCUGUGACUCGUGGCUUUGGUAUUAUGGUUGGAUGGCUGCAGGGUCACAGCCUCUUUUCUGGCUGUAGUACUGUUGCUGGUUAUGACUUAGGAGUGAGUGGAUGGUCUGUUCAAAGCUGACUCGAUUUUAUUCUCAUCAUCAUGUUAGAGAAUUUGCACUCGUGCCUUCCUUAGACAAGCAUUGUAACCAUCUUAAAAGACAAGUUCACUUUUUUUCCCCAAGGUCAUCGUCAACUAGUUCUCCCCUCAUUCCUCCUGUCCUGUGGCUGUGAACAGAUCCCUUUCUUAAGCGAUGUAAGUGAUGUGGGACAAACUCAACAGUCAUCUGUCUGUGUAAAAGUGCAUCCCAAACCAAGGAGGGCAUUUUCUAAAGUUGGCCAUAUUAAUACCAAAAUCUGGCUUGGUGUUCCUACAUCUUUCUGAAAAGUAUCAGCUGAACUUGAAAAGAAUUUUUACACAGAAAGAAAGGACUAUGGAUUUUGUCCCCAUAACUUGUUACAUUAAAACUGCUUUAAGAAGGGUUCUCUUUGCAGUCAGUAUGAACAAAGGGAAUAAUCACAGCAACAUCACAAUAACUUUCAAUGUUUUGAGAUCCAAUUCAAAAAUCCGAACUGGUUCUUUAACUACAGACGUGUCUGGCAACAACUACUCGCAAGAACAAAAAAAGAGGGAAUAAUUUAACAUCCCUGACUUUCUGUACGUAGAGUGGUGGAUUCAGUGGUUCACAUUGGCACAUUUUGAGUAUAGUGGGACUACCACAGUCAUUUAACUGAUGAGAAACGACAGUUGUGUUCCCUUUGUUUUUGCGUCAGUAAGCUGCUUUCCUACGUGCUUCCCACACUUGAGUUGAAUUGCAAAUGUUUCCUACAUCAUUUCCUAAAAUGGCCAACUGUAGCUUACUAAUACUUGUGAGUAUUUCUAGUUAAUUUCAACGCGCUAUUGUACAGAAGAACAUCACGUUCCCAAGACCGGCAGGACUGUGCUAGUCUGUACUCUUGUUUAUCGUAACUUUGAUUCUAAGCAAUAAAGCAUGAGUUUUGUUGGCUCAGAAUUUAAGUGGGUUGUUGACAUAGUUAUCACAGGGUCUUAUUGAUACACUGGGGGAACCAAAAGUAAUCAAUAUGAAAACGAGAUACGAGAACACAAACAUUGGUUUAGAUUAAUGCAUUAUAAUAGGGCUCAUCUUGAAAUGAGUGCCAUUUGACAUUUUUUCGCUUGUAUAAUCAGUUGGUGUGUCCGUACAGUUACAUGCUAUAAAAGGGCUGACCGAGGACCACAGAGUGUUCCUAAAUUUAUUUUCUCAUAUUAAUGGUAAAGUGAUAUUUUUUAAGUAAGGAGCGUAUACUGGUGCCAUGGAAUUAGGGAUUAUUUUUACGUACAGAUCAUCAGCAGGCUGCUAUAGUAUUGAUCUUCACCACAGAUGUCUACACUGCAUAUUAAGUGGAAAUGGAAAAUUUGGCAUUCGACAUUCAUAAACAGUUUGAUUUCAUCUGGGUUUUUUUUUUUUUUUUUUAAAUGUUCUUGGGUCUUGUCUUUUCCAACCUGUGGCUUUGUUUUCAUUAUCUUUGGGUGCUGGUGCUUCGUUUAUGAAUUACUCUGAAACAAGUUUACACUUCUUGUCCAAAUAAUUAUUUACUGGAAAAAACUGUUGAGAAAGGUUUUUGAAGGAUGCUUUUUUUUUUCCUUUUGUGAAAUAUGUAAAGAAUUUGUGUUGCAGUGUACACAGACGAAUAAACACUGGAAAUUAA